AGCUGCGCUAACAGAAGCGGAGUGUUUCCCUGCACUGUUUGAGUGAGCCGCAGAGAUGACAUGUUUUCGUAGGCCAACCCGGAAGUUAGCGCUGCAGUGAUUCCCUCGACCUAAAGCAUAUGCAUUUUUCUCAAAUAGACUUUUGGAAGAUAGCCAAAAGGAAGCGCUGUGAUUAACAAAGGUCUUUUCCACCAUACCUGAUGUUCAGUGAAGCCAUGAAUGAAGUUGAGGAGAAACAUCAGUGUCAGAAACCUCAGAAUCUUGUAAAGCUGCAAAUGUCUUCUAGUAGUUUGCAGAAGAACAAGAUUUUCUCUCCAAAAAGGAAACAAAGAACUGAAGCAGGCGAGCCUUUCACCUGUUCUCACUGUGGAAAGAGUUUCAAACACAAAUGUUAUCUUCAGAGACACAUGAGAACUCACAUUGAAGAGCAAACGUACGCAUGUCCUCAGUGUGGAAAGAGUUUUAAACAGAGAUCAGCGCUUGAGGACCACGUGAAAAUUCACACUGAAGAGCGCAGAUAUGCGUGUCCUCAGUGUGGAAAGAGUUUCAAACACAAUUGUCAUCUUCAGAGACACAUGAGAAUUCACACAGAAGCGCGACCAUACGAGUGUAUUCAGUGUGGAAAGAGUUUCAAACACAAAUCAAAUAUUGAGGAACACGUGAGAAUUCACACUGGAGAGUGUCCAUACACUUGUCCUCAGUGUGGAAAGAGUUUCAAACAGAGAUCGACGCUUGAGAACCACAUUAGAACUCACACUGAAGAGCGCCGAUACGUGUGUCCUCAGUGUGGAAAGAGAUGUAAACAGAGAUCAGCGCUUGACAUGCACAUGAAAAUUCACACUGAAGAGCGCAGAUAUGCGUGUCCUCAGUGUGGAAAGAGAUUCGCACAGAAAAAUUAUCUUGAGGUGCACAUUAGAAUUCAUACUGGAGAGCGACCAUACACGUGUCCUCAGUGUGGAAAGAGAUUCAAACAGCAAAAUCAUCUUACGGGACACAUGAGAGUUCACACCGGAGAGCGGCCGCACACAUGUCCUCAGUGUGGAAAGAGUUUCACACAGCAAAAUAAUCUUAAGGUGCACAUGAGAGUUCACACCGGAGAGCGCCGAUACACGUGUCCUCAGUGUGGAAAGAGUUUCAAACACAAAACACGUCUUGAGGUGCACAAGAAAAUUCACACUGGAGAGCGUCCAUGAACAUGUCUUCAGUGUAGAAAGAGUUUUCGCCAUAAAAUGUAGAUUUGCUCUUAAAAGGAAAUUGGGUAUAGAGAGAUGCAUGGCUUAAUAUAUUAACAAUGAUAUUGACUUUAUAAAUGUGAAACAAAAAAAAAUGGUGUAACUGUCACAGUAUUAAUAAACUUUGAAAAAAAUCUGUGAUGUCAAAUGGUUGCAACCUAAACCCGUUCUCUUAACGCUACAGCGAAGCACACACGUUUUCCAUAUAUAACAGUAAAAUAUCAGACGUCAAACAUAAGAUCAGAUAUACAAACACACAGGGACAGUGGGUGGCGGUAUGUCCUCUUGACACAAGCCAGCCAGCCAUAAAAUAAGAACGCGUUCAACAAGCGUCUGUUCAAGGUAAACACGCAUUAAAUCAUAUCUUAAAGUACCGCCUUUAAGACUAAUUAAGACAUCAUCAUUCACCAUUAUCAUAUACUUUAGACAUGAGAAUAUAUAUAUAUUAUAUAAAUCAACAUCAAAAAGUCAAAAUCUGGAUAAAAUGCAUUUUAUAAUUGCUAAAAACAUUGUGUAUGUAUUAGAUUUGCAAUGAUUUUGGUUAUUAAUGUUUUGUACUGUUUCAACAAUAUUAAAAUGUAUGAAAAUAAUCCAAAUAGCGUCUUUAUUUUCUUUCUUUAUUAUUUAAAGGUGCAGUUUGUAACAAUUUUGCAGUAAAAUAUCCAAAAAACACUAAGCUAGUGUUAUAUAUUUUGUUCAGCUGAGUACUUACAAUAUCUAAAAUGUUUCCAACUACUUGUAAAUCGUGAGAAAAUCGCCAUUCUAAACAGUGACACGAGGCCGUGCAGUCGCCUUUCAAUGGCGUCAUAUCCGCGUAAUUGUUACCGCCUUUACUGACGUAGAAACCGCAUGACAACAGUGGCUGAAUCCGAAAUCGCAUACUGCCAUACUAUAUAGUAGGCGAAAAGCAGUAAGCGAACGAAUAGUAUGUCCGAAACCUCGGUCUUCAUAAAACAGUAGGUGAGAAUUUCCCGGCUGGUGCACUAUUUCUCGCGAGAUUUGUAUAUGAAAACAAUAUAGUAUGUCCCAAACCUCAGUAGUCAUAAAAGAGUAGGUGAGAAAUUCCCGGAUGGCUUACUGGUUACGUCCACAUUCUGAAGCACCCAGCGACAGAUACUUGGGAUACUUAUCAAUCCCAUGAGCCCACGGGACAGAAUAAGUUCAAACAGGAGCAUGGCGGAGAACUGCGAGGCAGGUGUUUUCAAAUGUGAGUAUUACUAGCCAACAACGCUUCUCUUGGCGUUGCAGUCGCAUUUGUAAAGUGUUGUAGCGUAAAGUUAAACUGUAAGAUGUUACAUAGUAAAGUAUAUUUGUGAUUUUGCUGUGAAAAUGCAGUGUUUUAAUAUUUCUAGCUUAAAGGGGCGUUCCACGCACACACGCGUCUUCGAAGUAGACUUAACGCUACAUAUAUUGUAUAUGUUUAAGUUAAUGCUUAAGUUAAAGACGCGUUUUAAUGUCUGUGUAACAUGUGACCUGUCAUUUUCUCAAUAAGCAUUGCAAAUGAGCACAUCACAACAUGAAAUACACAUCACAGUAAUGGAGCGUCUGUUAAUAUGUGGUACAAAGCAUUGUUCACUGCUUGCAUAGAUACAUGUAAUGUAAAUAAACAUAUUUACUUAAGUAACUAUAGUGUCUAUAUUUUAUUUGUCCAUUAGUACUGAUGAUGAAUUCAGGAACAUUUGAGCUGAAUAAACAGCGAGUUAACACAUGUUCCCUCCACAUUUACAUGCAGUAUUGAGCACAAAUCACAGAGGUCACUUGAAUUCAAUUCAAUUCAAUUUUAUUUAUAUAGCGCUUUUCACAAUGUGCAUUGUUCCAAAGCAGCUUAACAGGAGCAAAUAAGAAAAACACAGAAAGGUAAAACACAGCACAGUGCAAGAUUCACUUGAAUCUUGUUUGACUGUCACAGGGACAGAUGAGCACACUCGUUAACAUCACGGAGGUGGUGACGGUGGUCAGCUGUGAGAUGGCAGUAGGAUGUGGGGUUCAAC